AUUUGGGCAAAAAGAAGAAUACGAAAAAGAAGUGGGAGACGAAUGCAAAGAAAACCGAUUGUCCUGGACGAACUGUUGGGCACGAGCGCGAUCAGGAAGGAAAGCACAUACACGAAGGUGGCAGUGACAGGGGUGGCGAAGGUCACGGGGUCGGGCCUAGGGGUGGCAUCAUGGACUCUCAUCAGCACCAGUUCUGCCUCAAGUGGAAUAGUUUCGGCAGCAACUUAGCGACAGCGUUCUCGAAUUUGUUCAAAAGCGAGAGUCUGACCGAUGUCACCCUAUUCUGCGAGGGCGUAACGUUCAAGGCGCACAGAUUAAUCCUCGCAGCAUGCAGCAAACAUUUCCAAGAGCUCUUCGAAGGAAUGCCUCCAUCUCCCGCGGGACUGAUCGUUAUUCUCGAUGGGACGAGCGCCCACAAUAUGGCGUCCCUUCUCGAAUUCAUGUACCGUGGCGAGGUACACGUGUCCCAGGAAUCCCUCAGCUCUUUCCUCAAAGCGGCCGAAUGCCUUCAAGUAAAGGGUCUGUCCAUCGAGCACGAGAAACUGGCGGUGGCGCAGAGGCACGCCGCGGAGACCAAUAACUCGUCCACUGACACCGGGGGUGGUGGCGGCGGUGGCGGUGGCAGCGGAGUCAGCGAGAACGGUGGCGGAGUCAGCGGCAGCGUGAACAGUAAUGUGGGCGGCGGUAGCGUCGGUGGUAGCGUGGGCGGGAACGGUGGUGUCGGCGGCGGCGGUGUCGGUGAGGUGAGCGACUUGAGCGAAGCGGGUGAAGCAACCAUGGUGAGGAACACCAUGAAGAGAACCCCCACACCGGCCCCGUCGCCCGCUCCUGCCUAUACCGUGCCCAGCCUCUACUCUACCUCUCACUAUUACGAAAGCCCGCCGAAAAGGCUGAUGAGAUCGCCCAGCGACGUUGAUAGUCUCGGAAGGGCGAGCGUGUUACGCGACGGCACCGCUUUCCGGCCCGCAUCCGCUCCGCAUCCGUUACUCCUGGAAAACCACUUCUAUCAGCCGUUCACUCAUCCCUCGGAGACACCCGCGCAUCCCCACACAGCGCCCCACACACCGACGGAAUUGGAACAGGAACUGGAACGUGCGAGGUCCGAGGAGCGUAGCAAUUGCGACCUGAAGGAGAGCGUGGCUGAAGACCUUCGAAUAAAGCAAGAACCGGUGGCGCUCACCGAUCGGGAGAGGGCAGAGAAAUUGGCAGAAAGAUUAUCGGGCGAGGUUUACACCGGGGGAAGAGGGUUCGACGGCGGCCAUUACGGUCAGAAUUCGGACCACAUGCAGCACGGUGGACAAAUGGGCCCGGCUAUAGUCCCAUUGCCACCGGCUCACCCACCGACUCCUGAUCUCAGCCCUGCACCGACCACCCCCGCUAUGUGGAACACGAAAAUCAACAAGGCUGGCACUGUCACCACUCCUGAUGGCAAGAAACUGAAGUGUCCGUUCUGCGAACGACUGUACGGAUACGAGACGAACCUGCGGGCUCACAUCAGGCAACGUCACCAGGGGAUCAGGGUGCCGUGUCCGUUCUGUUCGCGGACGUUCACACGGAACAACACGGUCAGACGGCACAUCGCGCGGGAGCACAAAACCGAGCUGAGUCUGAAGGCCUUUCAGCAGUCGAAUCACUCGGUGUCGGACACGGUGCCGCAGUAAGGGACGUCUUCGUCGUCUUAGCCGUCGUCGUUGUCUUUAUGGUCGUCGCUGUCGUGAGCGCCAGGGAGGGGCUGGGGGGGCACAGUUAUACAUAUAUAUUCAUAUGUUAUAAACUGUGUAAACACCCGGUUCGCGAGCACGUGACACGCCACAGGAAGAACGAUCCACGAAGAUGGAAAGAAGCGCGAGCAAGACGAGCUAAAGGUGUCAACACCUUUUCCCUUCGUCCGUUGGUCAACGCCCCGGUCCUUAUUUUGUGUCCAGUCUGAUAGUGGCUCUCUGAAGUCCCUGUGACACGAGUCCACGUUGCAAUUGACAGCACUGAUAGCCUGGAUCGCAGCCCGAAGAGGAUGAUAUCCCUGGCUCGGACAAGUGGGCUACAAAGGGCGAUCCUAGGCGACCAUCCCCUCCCGCUGGGUCAACGCGACCAGAUCCGUUCGUAAUAGUAGUGUCAAUUACGAGCGUCUCUUGAUCCGACCCGCGCCGAUGUCCCUGUCGAUGGAAACGCAGACGAUUGAAUUGGGACAUUGGAGCCAUGUCGGUUGGGACAUCUCAGGAAUCGAAGGAGACUGGUUUUGGAGGAUCACUUCUCGGGACAUGGUUCUCAUUCCGCGAUUUUAGAGUCCGGGAUUCGUCGAACCUGUUCUUUUGUUUUUAUAGAAGCGAUUGAUAUAGACACACGCUUUAUCGAAAUGUUUUGUCGCGGGAGAGGGAGAUGGCCGUGGUCGAGGCCAGCAUAGGCGUUGACUCGCGGAAAUAGGAAAAUUUGUCCCGGUGAUCGGAUCACGGAUAGAUGGAAACACACGGUGAAAUAUGGAAGAGAAGACGAUGACUGAUGAUCAGAUCGGUAGACGGAGGAAGAAGCUCGGG